CCCGAACGAGGUCGCGGGUAACGCGGGCGCAGACUUAACGGAGGCGCACGGGCGGGGCGGGGCGGGACUUCCGGCGUUUCCCUGUGGUACUCGUUUUGCCGCCGCUGGUGGUCGGUGCGAGCACUUUUGAGGGCAGCGCUCGCACCGCAGAGACCACCCCGUCUGAGAGAAGCGCAGGGACCCUCGCCACGCCUUUGCUUGCUCCGUGACCCCCGGGCAUGACUUGCUUUUCCUGAGACUCGCUGUCGUACCCUGAGAACGUCCCGAGGCUGCUCCCAGUCCUCGGGCACAUUUUUCUCGGUCGGCCGGAGGCUCCAGCGCGCUGGACGGGGUGGCGGGUGCGGAUCUCAGCUGCGUCCGCUGAAACUCUCCGCCCACAGGUUCCAAUGGCAGAGGAGGCGCAGGUGAGUGGGAGGUGCGCCCCAGGCUCUCACCACCCGGAUCCCCACCCAGCGGGUCCGGACUCUGAAUGAGCCCGUGACAGGCCCCUGUGACCUUUGAGGAUGUGGCUGUGUAUUUCUCCCGAGAGGAGUGGGGGAUCCUUAAUUUGACCCAGAGGAGCCUGUACCGUGAUGUUAUGCUGGAGAACUUUGCACUCAUUGGCUCACUGGGUUUUCUGUGUAGACUGCAGGAUAAGGAAGCCCCUCCCGAGCAGGUGAAGAGCCACAGAGUCCGCCUGUCAGAGAACCCCUUUCUGUGCAGGGUGUCUGGGAAGGACAUCCCUGCCGCCUUAGGCUUCCUCCAGCCCCAGGCCACCCACAGAGAGGGGACACCACGCAGAAGCACCGAGCGCAAGGCCUUCCCACCCAGCUCCACUUGCCAGCAACGGCAGGGAGCCCACGCCACACAGAAGCCCUUCAAGUGCAGCGACUGCGGGCAAGCAUUCCUGAAGGCCUUCGCGCUCCUCGACCACCUGAUCACUCACGCCAAAGAGAGACCCUUCAGGUGCCCAGCAGGUGGAAAUGCCCCCAUGGAGAGCUCAACCCUGGUUCAUCACCGAAAAACUCACACUGGAGAAACAUCCCAUGUGUGUAGUGAGUGUGGGAAGGCCUUCAGUUACCCAUCUAAACUGAGGAAGCACCAGAAGGUUCAUACUGGCAUAAAACCUUUCAAGUGUGGUGAGUGCGGGAAAACCUUCAACCGCAAAGAUGCACUUGUUCUGCACCAGAGAAUUCACACUGGAGAGAGGCCUUACCAGUGCAGCGAGUGUGGGAAGUCCUUCAGCGUUCUGUCUACCCUCAUUCGGCACCGGAAAGUUCACAUUGGAGAAAGGCCCUAUGAGUGCAGGGAAUGUGGGAAAUUCUUCAAAUACAACCAUAGCUUCAUUCUUCACCAAAGAGUUCACACUGGAGAGAGGCCCUAUGAGUGCAGUGAAUGUGGGAAAACUUAUGUGACCCGCUCUGGGCUGUAUCAGCACUGGAAAGUCCACACUGGAGAACGUCCCUACGAGUGCAGCCUGUGUGGGAAAACCUUCACUACCAGGUCCUACCGAAAUCGGCACCAGCAGUUCCACACUGAAGAGAGGGCUUAUGAAUGUACAGAAUGUGGGAAAGCCUUUAAACAUAGUUCUACCCUCCUUCAGCACAAGAAAGUCCACACUGGAGAAAGGCCAUAGGAGGACAGGGAUGUCGGAAAACCUUUAGACAUGGCUGGCACCUUGUUCAACAUGAAAGGUCUCACUCCAGAAAGGAGAUUGAGGAGAGUAGCCAUUUGAAAGCUAAACAUGUCACACCCCAGCACCCACACUGGGCUGGUGCCAGGUACAUGGGAAGCGUUCAGGAGCUGUGUUGCACUCUCACCUGCCCAGGCUGUUGGCAGUGUUGAGUCACUGCCAGUUUCUGUGACAGAAGCCAUCCCACUUCUACCACCUGGCAGGUCCCCGUGGUGUGCAUCAGUCACUAUGUGUGCUCAGGGAAGCUGACCUCUGUGUUCCCCACUUGAUAAAGGAGAGAAUCAUGAGUGGUGGAGCCCAUAAUGGGUCUUAUUCUCUCCCCCUCCAACUGGUUUAGGUGUGGACAUGACCUAGUUCUGGCCAAGAGUAGCUGAGCAGUGUCUGCUGGGGCUUUCCAGGGAAGGUUAACCAUUUUCAUGGACACUGUUGACACUACAUUGGGUCCCUGUCGUGCAUUUAUCCAACCCUGGAACUGGCUCACACUGCUCUGGAAUGUCUGGUAAUCUUUAGGCCUUUUUGUUUAAACCACCCUUAAUCUUUGGGAUCUGUGUGGAAGGAUUGAGAACAAAAUUGGGCUCAUGGAUAGAGGGAACGGUUUCUGUGGGGGUCCCUGACUUUUGUCUGCCUCAGUGGGGCCAGCAGGAUGGCAGAGGACAGCUCCAGUCAAGGUUGGCCUAACUUGCACUGGUGCCUGAGACCUCCAGGGAAAGAUUGAAGGGCUUUGUGGAUAAAUCUUCAGCCUGGAUGUCAGGUUUACUUGAGGAUCCGGAGCUCACCUGAAGAAUGGGGUGGUUGGUAUAAGAUCCCCGGGUGACUAGGGACAAGCACCUGGGUUCCUUGUUCCCAGGGAAUGUUCUGCAAUCUCCAGCAUUGGUCAGAAGAAGUUGUUUCCAGAAUCAGCUCAGAAGACAUGCCCCCUGAAAUCGAGAAUGUGGAGGUAAGUUCUAGACUGGCCGUAAGUGCUACAGGGGCCUGUUGGAAAGAGUAAGUGGACACAGAAGCACUGAGUGAGGUCAUGUGGAGUGGGGAAUCUGGUAAACGAGAGGGUUUGAGCUGGUUCUAAAGAGGCACCCACAAAUGUUCCAGGAACCAUGGUUUCACAGGGUGCGGCAUGCAGAAUUUCUCAGGAUUGCAAACCUGAAUUGCAAAGGUCACUGUCAGCAAAUAAUCUACAGGUUUCCUGGAUUCUCAGAGCCUUUCCGGGCAUGUUCACCUCAUGGCCAUCACCCUGGGACUGAAAGAAGAUCCUGUAGUCCUAGGAUGUGGCUUUUGUGACCCAGCUAGUGUUCCUGAUGUCUCUGCACACCAUGGCUUUGGCUGUUUUUGCUGCCGCUCUCCCAGGGCUCCAGGGAAAGAAGUGGUUGAAUCAACAUAUGGAUCCAGAUCUAUGUUUAAAAUUUUGGAAACUGUUUUUUCAAAAGGUAAAUAAAAUGUCAGUUCAGCGAAA